GCUAAAUCACUGACCAUGGCUGUGUGUCUAAAAAGACUUUGUUCCCUUUCUCUCCGCUCAAUGAGUACAGUUGGGUUUGUAGGUCUGGGCAACAUGGGCGGUUACAUGGCUAAAAACCUUGUUAAAGCUGGUAAAGACGUGGUAGUGUACGAUGUCAACGAAUCCUCAGUGCAGGAUUUAAAGAGUACUGGUGCCGGAGCGUGCAGCACUCCUAGUGACCUGGCAGCAGUUAGUGAUGUUAUUGUUACCAUGGUUCCCUCCUCACCACAUGUUCUAGAGGUUUUCACGGGGAGUAAUGGUUUGUUGAAGACACUCAAACCGGGCACACUUUGUAUAGACUCCAGCACUAUUGAUCCUACUGUUUCUAAAGAUGUUGAUGCUGCAGUGCGCGCUGCUGGGGGACACUUCUACGAUGCGCCGGUAUCUGGUGGGGUAGUAGCAGCAGAGAACGGAGCUCUAACCUUCAUGGUAGGGGGAGAUGCGGACAAGUUUGAAGAGGUCAAAUCGUAUCUGGAUGACAUGGGUGCUAAUGUUAUCCACUGUGGAGCUAACGGCAACGGACUUGUAGUGAAACUGUGUAAUAACAUGAUGUUAGCUAUUAGUAUGAUUGGAGCUGCUGAAACUCUGAAUAUGGGAAUUAAGAUGGGUAUGGAGAGGCAAUUGUUAUCGGAGAUAUUGAGUAAGAGCACUGCUCGCUGUUGGAGUAUUGAUACUUACAAUCCAGUUCCAGGAGUGAUGGAGGGUGUCCCUGCAUCUAGGGAUUAUGCUGGUGGGUUUGGUGCUACGCUCAUGCUCAAAGAUUUGGGGUUAGCUGAUGAUAUGGCUGAUGGAUCAGAUUCGCCGAUCGUUCUAGGCAAAAUGGCCAAACAGAUUUAUGAUGAAUUGUGUAAAGACGAGAAGUUUGCUCCGAAAGAUUUUGGUGUUAUUUUUAAGAAGCUGAGUGAGCAAUAGGUGUUUUUUUCAGAGGCAUAAUUAUUAACAUUAAAUUUCAAUAAAAUUUUUAGAAUUAAAUUAUGAUAGAGGGCCAAUGGAAAUGGCCACAACUUUUCUUAUUAUGUUUGCUAUUUUUUGUUUUUUACUUUAGUCAUUUAUAAGUGUUUCUGGAACUUUGUAAAUAUUUAGGUCGUUUGUCAUCGAAACUUAAAAAUAAUAAACGUAGCUUUUGUGUAUUUGUACUAUGGUUUGUUAUACUUUAUUCUAUAUUUAUCAACUUUUCGAUGUAGCUAUUUAUUCUAGAAUUAUAC